AUGGCUGAGCCUACCGUUGGCGAGAUUCCCAGCUCAAAACAGCUUCUCCAAACGCCCCAAAUAUCCCAAAUAUUGAAUUCAGAAUCAACCUUGGAUGUUCUCUUGGCUCGGCUUAAGACGGGUAUUCUCUCGUGUGAGAAAUUCUCCAAGUUUCUCAAAAAGAAGAUUCAGCUGGAACAACAUUCAAGCAUGGAGCUGAAGAAGAACUCCACGCGUACGAUUGAGGCAAUCGGCUUGUUCAGAAAUACCGACACGCUCAUGAAGAACCUCAAAUUUAUCAUUUCCUUAGACCAAGAGAUCGGCAAAGACGUGUACGAUCCAUACGUCAGCAGUCUGACCAAGAUUGCCAACGAUGUUCAGUCUCUACAGGAUGGCUUCAAGAGACUACGCAAAAGCAUCAAAGAUGAAGCUUAUAAGCGCGAGCAGGACUAUAAGGAUGCAAAUCAGGCCUAUGGAAAGGCCACGAAACGUGUUCGCGAUUUGCGCGAGGAGCUUUCGAAGAUCCGGAAUGGCGAUCCUUCGGGGAGAAGGUUUACGCGCAGAACGCGGACCGGUGCCCAUGCUGAAGAUGAGACGGCCUCAAAACUCAGAGAUGCUGAGCUUGAAUGUUCGCGUUUGAAGGAUCGGGCUGAAAAACUGAUCAAAGACCUCACUUUAAUCCACAGGCCUAAGACUAAUGAAAGGCUCAAGAACCUUAUUCUCGAGCUUGAUUCCGCGGUGAGUCUUGAGCUUGAAAAGUAUGCCACUUUCACAGAGGCAUCCAUCAUGCGAAUGGGAAGGAUAGUGCUACCAGUUGAUGAGUCGAAGUCAAUGAUGACCUCUGCUGUUAGCAUUGAUAACGAGAAGGACUUGUACAAUCAUCUGGUUUCGAACUCAAAGGGCGGCAGGAAACCAGCUUCGGCGAUUGGAUCUGCUCCGGGAUCAAGACAGGCCUCCGCUUCGUCAAUCGAACCUCCAGUUCCCGUUAUAUCGCUUCCUGUAGCGACUGCAACACCUUCGACACCCAUUCCGACUACCCCAAGCCAUUCCAGUCAACUUCGGGCUGCAGAGGUUGUUCCUCAAACAGCUUUGUCAAGUGCUGGUGAUGAUAAAGAAAUUGCGGCAAUGCCGGUUUACUCUUCACUGGACCCUGCCAGUUCUUCUCCUACUCCACAGGCCACUAACGCCAAUAUGUGGGGACCACGGCCUUUAGAUCCAGACGCUUCCACCAUACCUGCGAGUCCGGUUCCUUCUGUUGGCAAUGUCUCAAAUGUCUCCACUCACACUGCUGUUCCAGCAUCUACCAAUCAUGGGUCUGUUGGUACAGUCCAAGGUGUUUACGGAGUGCCUCUCGAAACUCUGUGUUCGAUUUCCCAGAGUGGUGUCCCUGAUUUUGUGAUGAUCUGUAUUGAACUUUUGGAGAAAUAUGGAUUGACUGUUGAGGGUAUUUACCGCAAGAGUGCCAACAAGUCAAAGGUCGAUUCUUUGCGUGACAAAAUCAACGCGAACCCAGCCCAGACUCGCGAGAUUUUGACUCCCGCCGAUCCUCAGAAUGUGGAGGAUGAUGUCUAUGCGAUUUCGACUUUGCUCAAGUCGUUUUUCGCGUCUCUUCCUGAAAAGCUGAUUCCAGCAGUUUUCAAACCUCAUCUUGAGAAACUCGCAAGCGAACCCACUGAUGAAGAAUUCGUCGCCAGCUCCCAGAAGUUUGUAGAUUCCUUGCCAGAUCCACAAUACUUCACUCUCGAAGAUCUUCUCAAGCACUUGCGCCAGGUAUCUUUGCUCAAGGACAGAAACAGAAUGACUGCAAUGAACCUAGGAACUGUUUGGGGAUUGAACAUCCUAGACUAUGACCCAUCUCAGCCGGAAGUGGCUACCAGUCUGGCCAAACUGAUAGAGUUUGCGCCUCAGAUAUACCCAUCUGUUGACCAAUGA